ACCGCACCUUGCAAAAUGGGAGGGCCUUAGCGAGGACAGGAGAGAGAGAAGUGGGUGGGGGUAAUAAAUAUUCAAACGGCACCUGAUUUAUUUUGCAGCUUGUAUCCCAGAAGGAAACUGACAACCGAGACCAACAAAACAACGCAGUCAGCUUAUCUAAAUCCUUAUAACGUCUCAACACUGACAUCUUGUGAAAAACUACUUCUAAAUCAUAAUGAUCUGCGACCACUGCGGUUUUAAUUGAACAGGGCGAAGAAGGGGAGAGAUCGACCUGCUUUGAUUACAAUUGUGUACAAAGGAUUUCUAUAAUUUCCCAGGCACUGCGAGAACGGGGAUUGGGGCAAUACGUUCUAUUACUCUGUAUUCACUUUCAGAUACAGUAUUCGUAGGGGAUAGCACCACCGUCUCCAGUUACCCCCAGUCCACACUGACAGUAACAUAGACACCCUUGUUUACCGUUAUGGCAAACAAAUCUUUAGCAAAUGGAGGAGACACAAGGAACCCCAGACCCAGCAGCCUUUCAUCCUUGGAGCUGGACUCGUCCCUGGAUCACAGUGUCCAGACAAGGAUAUUUAAGAUAAUUGUGAUCGGGGACUCGAACGUAGGGAAGACCUGUCUAAGUUUCCGCUUCACCGGCGGCAGCUUCCCAGAGAAAACAGAGGCCACCAUCGGGGUGGAUUUCAGGGAGAAAACGGUGGAGAUCGAGGGAGAGAAGAUCAAGAAAUUGAAUAGGAACUCCCUGCCCCCCUCCUUCCUGCCCUCUCCCCAGGUGCAGGUGUGGGACACGGCCGGUCAGGAGCGCUUCAGGAAGAGCAUGGUGGAGCACUACUACCGCAACGUGCACGCCGUGGUCUUCGUGUACGACGUCACCAAGAUGGCCUCGUUUGAGAACCUCAAGACGUGGAUCCAGGAGUGCAAUGGGCACCACGUGUCGCCCGUGGUGCCCCGGGUCCUGGUGGGAAACAAGUGCGACCUGGUGGGUCAGAUCCAGGUGCCCUCCAACACAGCGCUCAAGUUCGCCGACUCCCACAACAUGCUGCUUUUCGAGACGUCCGCCAAAGACUCCAAGGAGAGCCAAAACGUGGAGUCCAUCUUCAUGUGCCUGGCCUGUCGCCUGAAGGCUCAGAAGUCUCUCUUGUACAGGGAUGUGGAAAGGCAGGAUGGCAAAGUGAAGCUCUCGCAAGAAUCUGCCUCCAAGAACUCCUGCCCGUGUUAAAUGAACUAUUGGUUUAGAAAAAAAGAUAAAGUAUGUGCCUGCAAUAUGUUUUGCUGAAACGAUUUUGCUUGUCCUCUUGCCUCUUUUUUUCCCCCUCCCACCUCCUGUUGAAGCCCCCAUGCCCUGAACAGAACUAACUGCCUAAAUCCCUUUAAUGCUCUCGUUCUAAGGCAGCUUCCAUUAAUUGCAGAUUGUUAAUCGUGCUCUCAAGUGCUAGUAAAAAAAAAAAAAAAAAAAAAAAAAGCCUGCGUGGGACCCGGAACAGUUUUGUUACUUGGUGCAUCAAAUAGCAUCCUGUUUUAACGUAGUGUUCUAGAGUUUUGCCAAAGCUCAUGCUUUUGUAAUUAAAGGGAACUUUAUUUUUUGUCAGAAUAAUAGUUUCUCAAAUAGGCAAUGACUAAGCUAGACUUGUGAAUAAUUUUCCUUUAUAGAUGACUUUCUUAUAACAUUUACUGGAGGCUGGUAAAAUAUUACAGAAAACAGGACAGUCCAUAGAUGCCAAUUAAGGAAUCAUUUCAAUCAGGAUGGCUUGGACGAGAUGAUCCAUGCUGUUUCCGUUUGGAGGGCUUGACCCUUUCAUCUCAUCUCUAUUACAUUUAGUGGAGAGUGGGGGCUUGUGGUUCAGUGUGUGUGUGAGACAGAUUGAAAGCAAGUCUGAAGCCAACGGUUGCCAAGCUACUUGAGCUCUGUGGAUAAACUGGUUCUGCUGUGCCACUACGUGUUCACCAGCACUAAAUGUAUCAAAAUAUUUAUUUUAAAGAGUUACAUUACAUUAGUGACAUACUGUGGUUUUUGAGGUUCUUCCAAGGAGCAGGCUUUGUUCAAUAUCUAAUAUCGAAAACUGCUUUUAUUUACUUCAUCAUAUUGAACUCUUGGCAUCACACAAGGGGACGCAAAAAGAGAAUCUUGUCAAUGAUCUGCAGUGUUAUAAAUCUGUGGCUCACAUGAAAAAGUAGUAAUAGUCUACGGUACUAAGUACAUACAGUACAGAGUGAAGUAAAUACAGUGAUGUGCAUCAGUACCUUAUUAGGUUUUGGGAUUGUAUCCCCCACACACCACAUGUCUGUGUAUUAUUCAAACCAGUCAGAACUAUUCCAAUCAGGGUGGUAUUUCAUCACACCAGCAAUAAAGCAUCACAACUCGUUCCUUUUUCUUGUAUUGGUUUAGGAACACUGUGCUGCUGUUGGUGCCAUUUCUGACCUAGUGUAGUACAGGUGCCAUAACCACCUCAGAACUGUGCCCAUGUUUUUUCCCUGCAAAUUCCUGCAAGCUGUGCUGAGGAGAUAGUGAAAAAAGGCUCUCUCUAUAUAGAUUAAUACAAUGUUCCACAUCUCAUUGUGUGUGUAUGUGUGCUACACAAUUGUACUGGUGAAAAAGUCCUAUCUGGGUGUGACCUUUAACCUCACAACCUCACAGCCUUUCAGCCUCUUGUGGUCCUUAGCUCUUUGCACUAAGCCCCUGAGACACACUGUCUUUCUCUUGCCAUGAGGUAUCAGACAUAUAGCAUAGGUGGCCUGGUCUACAAUAUUCAAACCAGUCAUAGUCAUAGGAUUUUUAUGAUUUUCAUUCUUCGGUACAUUUAAACAGGGUAGCCCAUUUUGAGCAUGCAUUCUUCCAGGUCCAGUCCUACUGAGCAGGAGCAGAAAUCACGUUUCUUUGGGCAAUCUUCAUGUCACCAGAGUCUGCGACCUAUUGAAAAAUGCACAACGGCAUCUUUACUGAGGAACCGUGCAUUUUAACCCAUGCCAUGCAAAGAGAAUGGCAACUAAAAGAUUAUAUCCCACAAAGGAUUCAGGCAAAAGUGUUCUACCUACCUGAGCUAUCAAAACACAUGUUAUUUUGUUUGUGUAAAUAUUAAGUUGCCUUUUUUAUGUAUGUCUUGGUUUCUGUUUUUGGGUGGUUUUGCAGCAAAGCAAAAAUAUGGACUAACAAAAGUUUACCAAACCGAACAUUCAGAAAAUAAGGUCUGUUUUCUGACCCUUAUGCUUUGUAUCGCAGUGUCAGAGCUCCCCGGAUCUUGAGGAAUUCAACAAAACAGAGAUGACUGAAAAACAAAAUGUCAUCUAUGUCACAUGUGUAUUGCUAUAUUUAAAAUAACUGUCUGUAAAGUAUUGGGAAUAACUGGAAACAACUUCAAACUCUUCAGGGAGCUCUUAAUAAUAUUAAAAUAGGGAAUAGAUAAUACCAGCAUCCAUCACUGAGGUACUGUACUUUUAAAGUUGAGUCUCUUUCCUGUGCAAUGAACUUUUGUAAUGUGGCAGUACGCACUGUUGCCACUAGGACGAGUGCCACUGCUAUCAGUUAAUAAAGCUUCUUUACUAAUCUCUGAAGCACCAAAAUAAAAUAAAAAAUGACUAAA